UUGCGAGCAUCGCUUGUCACCGCGGCCGUCAAGGGCGGCGUCCCCGGGGUGCAAGCUCACAUCGACGACCACAUUGGAGAUCUGCAUGCCUACCUCACGUGUGUUUUAGACGCACAUGAUCUACCGGCCAAUGUGAAGCGUAUAAUUUGGAGUGGAAUGGCGCAUCGAGCCUCAACCUUCCAACGCACCAUCGACGCAAUCCGAGCAAAGCAUGCCUUGGCGUUGCUGUCGGCUAUUGAAUCCGAUCGAUAUAUAAACCGACUCGCUCAAAUCGUGUUUCAAUUGGAGCGAUCUCCAUCUCAACUUGUCAACAGUGUCGACGACACGUCGGUCAUUGCGCCAAUGACGCUACCACCGCCGACGUCUCCCGUCAGCCGCGGCAAGCGCGUCACAAGCAUCGACGCCACAGAGAGUUUUCAGUCCCUUUCGUCUCCGAAAAGAGCCAAGCGAUGUGACGAGGACAGUCCACUGGAGCCUUCGCCAACACAAGAUGUCGUAGACGACAUCACCGACCUUGCUUUGAGGAUGAACCAACGCGCCACACGAGUGGAAUCCUCUCCGAUACCAGCCGAACCCACCAAAUCUUUUUCCGUUGCUCCAUUAGUCCUUCCUGACCAGAUCGUCAACAUGGUCUCCGCCAUCGAAGCGACCAUGUCGGCCACGCCCGCUGGGGCCCCGAGUGAUAUUUGCAAUGCCAUCCUUGAGGCUGGAACUGCGUUGCUACAACUCCCCGAGCACGCGUCGACCUCGCACCUAGACUUGCUAUGCAAAACGCUGCCACUCGCUGACCUCCUCGACGACACUGUUCUGCUUCUGAUCACAAAGCUUUUGGACGCCAAAUGGACAGGUCAAGAUGCCGCAGUAGUCAUUGAGGCGACGCUGGUCGCCCGAAUCCAGACUGCCACCACCGCGAUCCCUCGAUCUUUGCUCAAGGCAUUGCAAGCGGUAGCCUCGGCCCUUCCCCACGUCGCCAUUGGUACCAUUCUCGUUCCCAUUCUCACAAGUCCACAUGCGAAUGCGGCCCAAUGCGAAGCCAUGACUCGGCUGGUCCGCGACGGCCUCGGCCCUCAACAAGUGCCAGUGAUCAUCACCCGAUUGCUUGAGGCGAAAAUCCUUCAAAGCCCACACGAUCGCGUUCUCCUUGUUGUCCAACAAAUCUUUAACGUGAAAGCGCAGCUCUCUCAGGAAGUUAUCGACCAAGUCGUCGACAGUCUCGUCCGAGCCGUCGCAGACUCCCCUGCCACAACCACAGUCUCGGUCAAAUUUGCAUCGGUCUUGUUCACGCUUGUCACAAAACAUGGACCGCUCUGCGUGCGUCACCGCGAUACCUUGCUCACCAUCGCGUCCAAAUGCACGUCAAGCAUGGCGAAGACUGCUCUCCGCGCGAUCGACAAGCUUGCUUGAUGUGGCGCUGGAGGUUCCAAAGGAAGUUGCCUCCACGGCAGCAAAUGCGUUGAGUGAGGAAAGAUGGUUGUGAUGGCAUUCAUACAGUGAGGAAAAUCCGCCGCUUGGCCACAAACGUCCUGCUUCGCUCUCGUCGGCAUCAAAGCUGACGAUGACGGACAAUUCAAACAAAUAUCCACGGUCAAGAUGAGUCUGCUAAGACGAGUUGCCGAGCCCCUCCAUGUCGUGAACCGCACAAGACGCAAUUCGCUUGAGAGACGGUAGCAAGACGACCAACAUGAAGUGCGAUUCCAGAAAUUCAGAGUUACUUGCCAAUGCAAAAGUCUGCAAAAAGGACAUCCAAAAUGUCUUCGACGUCGACACGACCGACAAUCCGUCCCAUGCACGUCACCGCGUGGCGCAAGUCUUCAGCGGCCAGCUCCGCCUGCAAGGAGGACAUUUGUCAGCAGAAUCGACAGGUUGUUGGGCUGUGCUGCUGCACCUGAUAGGGAUGGGCUAGAAACGCGCCCAAGUGGGCGACGCUUGCUUGGAGAUGCUGCCUGUGCCGCUCUCGCGUGAUAAUCACAUUACUACUUGC